AUGCCCGCCUUCCGUUUCGGGGGACUUCGGGUCCCGCAUCCAGCGGGCGACCGCUUUGGGCAAAGGGGAGGAGAGGUCAUGAAACGGGCUUUUGGCAAGCUGAGGGCGACAGCUGCCGUCGCAGGCGCUCUGAUCGUAGCGGGCUGUUCGACGGGCCCCUAUCCGAGCAAGGGCGUGGAGCCGACCUUCUCGUUUCCGGUCACCGACAACCAGACGCCGUACAGCACCUGCCUGGCGUCGUUGCGGGACGUUCCGGGCAGCAACCUGCCGGUCUUCGCCGUGGGCGAGAUUUCCGACAAGACCGGGCAGAUCAACUACGACGAAAACGGCCACGCGCUGACCCAGGGCGCCACGGAGAUGAUGAUCUCCGCGCUCUACAAGUCGGGCAAGGCGCGGAUGGUCGAGCGCUUCGACCUGCGCAUCCCGCUCGCCGAGGUUCGCCUGGCCGAGCAGGGGCGCCUCAGCCGCUCGGUGGAGGACUACGGGCAGCUUCCCGCCUCCGACUUCGUGCUGGUCGGCGCGCUGACCGAGCUGAACUACAACAUCGUGUCCGAGGGGGCACAGCUCUUCAUCAAGGGCAUCGGCGGCGGCGCGCGCACGGUCGUGAUCAACGUCGCGCUGGAUGUGCGCGUGAUCAACUCGCGCAACUUCUCGGUGCCCUACGUCACCUCCCUGCAGAAGCAGAUCUACGGCUUCGAAGUCGAGGCCAACAUCUUCCGCUUCUUCGGGGACACCCUGGUCGAGUUCGACGCCGGGCGGAUCCAAAACGAACCGCUUCAGCUCGGCGUCCGGUCGGUGGUCGAGAUGGCCGUCUUCCAGAUCAUGACGGACUUCCUCGGUCUGAGUAGUCGUGAGAUGACCAAGUAUCGUCUUCUGGCGGGCACGGCGAUCAUCGCCGGUUCCGCCCUGGCGGGCUCGCAGGCGAUGGCCUUCGACCGGGUCGACUGGAGCUGGACCCUGGACGCCAACACCGAGAUCGACACCAACGUCGACGUCGACGUCGACAUCGACCCCACCGGCUACCUGGGCCUGGAGAAGUUCCAGAUCCACAUCGGUGACCUGACCGCGACCUCGAACGUCUCCGGCAUCUACAACAACCAGCCGAGCGGCGAGGGCCAGACCAUCGAGGUGCCCCUCACCCUGACCCUGGACGGCGACGUCUCGACCACCGGCAUCGGUGUCGACUCCUUCGCCGGUGCCGAGGUGACCGACGAGGACGACAACGUGCUGGCCUCCGUGUCCGACACGGUCAGCGGCGCCGGCAUCAACCCGGGCGGCAACUUCGACGCGACCGCGGACUUCGUGGUCUCCGUCGAGAUCCCCGGCGAGGCGACCUCCUUCGACGCCCUCACCGAGCUGCCCGAGGUCGUGAGCACGGCCACCGCGGUCGCCAACAACCAGAGCAUCGAGACCGAGGUCGCCACCGAGAUCCACGACGGCCAGUACGCCUUCGACGCCGCCGAGGAUCCCAGCCUCGUCGACGCCCUCGGCACCCUGGGCGGCGGCCUGCUGUUCGCUCACCUCGAGCACCAGGGCAUCAACACCGGCCUGUCCAUGGCCCUCGGCCUGACGACCGCGGCCACCCUGGGCGGCCUGGAGAAGGCCCAGAUCUCGGCCACCUCGACCGUCGACGACAUCCUCAACGCGUCGGUCGACAGCGCCGCGACGGCGGUCGCCAACAACAUGUCGGUUGAGCUGGACGCCGUCACCUCCGACGACGCCUACCUGCUGGCCGACGUCAACCAGUUCGCCUACGCCGACCUGACGGCCAUGUCGAGCGUGUCCAACGUGAACGUGAACAACUACACCAACCUGGGCGCCCUCGACCGUCCGCUGGUCAGCUCGGUCGCCACGGCG